GGCCCGGCGGGCGCCCCCGGGGCGGCGCAGGUGGCGGCGGGCAGCCUGCUGGCUCUGCUCAUCCUCUGGACGCUCUUUGGGAACGUGCUGGUGUGCGCGGCCAUCGUCCGCUACCGGCACCUGAGGAGCAAGGUCACCAACAUCUUCAUCGUGUCGCUGGCCGUCUCGGACCUGCUGGUGGCUCUGCUAGUCAUGCCCUGGAAGGCGGUGGCUGAGGUGGCCGGGUACUGGCCCUUCGGGGCUUUCUGCAACGUCUGGGUGGCCUUCGAUAUCAUGUGCUCCACGGCCUCCAUCCUGAACCUGUGCGUGAUCAGCGUGGACAGGUACUGGGCUAUUUCCAGCCCUUUCCGCUACGAGAGGAAGAUGACCCAGCGGCUGGCUCUGGUGAUGAUCGGCGUGGCGUGGGCUUUGUCCGUGCUCAUCUCCUUCAUCCCCGUCCAGCUCAACUGGCACAAAGGUGGGGAUGUUGCGGCCGCCGGUGAUGUCGGAGGGGGAUUUGGUGCUGGCUGGGCAGCGGCAGGUGCUGUCACCACCUGGGCGGAAGAUAUGAGCACCACGUGGGUGACGUUAGCAGCGAUGAGACCCUCUGAUGGGACCUCCGGCAGCAACGAUACCCUCGCUGGACCGUCGGAGAGCUGUGACUCCAGCCUCAACAGGACUUACGCUAUUUCCUCCUCCUUGAUCAGUUUUUAUAUCCCGGUGGCUAUCAUGAUAGUUACCUACACUCGAAUCUACCGCAUUGCCCAGGUGCAGAUUCGUCGUAUCUCUUCCCUGGAGAGGGCAGCCGAGCACGCGCAGAGCUGCCGGAGCAGCCAUGUCGACUGCCACCAUCACACGAGCCUCAAGUCCUCCAUCAGGAAAGAGACCAAGGUGUUGAAGACUCUCUCCGUCAUCAUGGGCGUCUUCGUCUGCUGCUGGUUGCCAUUCUUCAUCUUGAACUGCAUGGUUCCCUUCUGCGAGAGCCCACCCAGUGACCCCCACGCUGGCCUUCCCUGCGUCAGCGAGACCACCUUUAAUAUCUUCGUCUGGUUCGGUUGGGCCAACUCCUCUCUCAACCCCAUCAUCUACGCCUUCAAUGCUGACUUUAGAAAGGUCUUCUCCAACCUCCUGGGAUGCGGUCAGUUUUGCUCUAGUACUCCAGUGGAGACUGUUAAUAUAAGCAACGAGCUUAUCUCUUACAACCAGGACACCCUUUUCCAUAAGGAGAUAGCGACUGCUUACGUUAACAUGAUCCCAAAUGUGGUUGACUGUGAGGAAAACCGUGAGGACCCUUUUGAUGGGAUGUCUCAGAUCUCCCCCGACCAUGAGAUUGCCACUGACUCUGUCUGUGAGCUGGACUGUGAGGGGGAGAUUUCUCUAGGCAAAAUAACACCUUUCACUCCAAAUGGUUUACAUUAAAUUGCAUCCUGCCCCGGUCAGUUCUUCUUGGAUUAUAAAACAAAAUAUUAGCGCUGAGUGGAAAAACCUGCUUGAUUUUACGCUAUAGUUUGGUCAGUCACUUCAUGUGUAGCACUUUGCAAGGUGUAGACGCUGUCAUACAGGGAGCUGGCAGCACAAACUUAGUUCAGCACUUCCCCAGGCUGAGAGAGGACCAGGCAGUCGCGUUGAUUAGCUGUGGUGAGGUAUUGUGGUAUAAUUACGGUCAGUUCAUGUUUAUAACGUGUUUGCAAAUGAAAGGUGCCAUUGUCAGUGCUAAGUAUUGCAACUUCUAAAAUCAGGGACAGAUGUGGCUGGCAUAGACAUUAAAAAGAAAAAAAUUCUAGGCUGUUUGUUUGUUCAGAUCUUAUGUUUCUUUUUCUCUGUUGUGUUUUGUUUGGUUGGGGUUUUUUUGUUGUUGUUGUUGUUGUUGUUGUUUUUUAAAGAUAGAAAUAGUGAGGUGGUGAUUUGGAUGAUUAUUUAAAUGCAUAUUUCUGCCAAAACAGUUCAUGUGAAAUCCAUGUUCUCCUAGGCGGCGUUGUUGCCUAUGAUAUCCUUGCCAUGUUCCCAAAUGAAUAAAUAAAAGUUACAUUGA